AUGAACUUCAUCCAGCGAUCAAUCUCCUUCUGUUCAUUAAGCUCACAAAGUGAAAUCUCAUUACCAAACACAACAGUUCCACUUGAAAUAGUUGUAACCAAGUUAGUUUCUGAAGAGGUUCCAAUUUCUAACAUUGUUGCAAACAUAUCUGAUACGGGUGCACAUGUUUCGGUAAGUGUUGUUCAAACUUCUCAAGGUACUCAUACUCCAGCUUAUUUUGAACCUAUCACAAGCACUUUUGUUUCACUUCCACGUUUUCUUCAACACAUUUUGACUGCCACUACUUCACCUACUUUUAAUCAAAUCUUACAACAACCCAUCACUACACUUUUGCAAUCACAAUCCACCGAUCCACCAAAAACCAAUUUUGAUGAUGAAACAGUUAGAGGAGGUUUCAGAGGAACAUAUGAUGAACUUCAGUUUGAUAUGGAUGAAGAAGAUAUUCCUGAUCACAUUAUUGAAGUGGAUGUCAUGUUAAAAGCCCAAGAAGCUCGGUUGUUAAAUACGUUUUCUACUUUGCUUGGUGCUUCUGAAUCUCGAACCCUUCAGAAGGUGGAUUGUAAUGACAAGAACAAUGAGCUUAGAAUAAAAUCUAUAUCUUCAGUUUUUAAUGAAGAAGUCAGAGAUUUACGGAGGGUUGCUAAAGAAAGACAGGUUUUGUUUGUGCUAGAUGUGAAAAAGGAUUAUGCAUCUCUAAACCAAAAGAUGGAUAUUAUUAUUGAUGGCGUAACGAAAUUUGUCAAAUUAAACGAAGCAUUGAGUCCACAAAUUAGUCAACUAUCUGCUGAUGAAAGUAAAAACUUCAUGGAGAUAACAAUGUUGUUAAAUGAGUUAAAUGUUAUAAUCUCCAAGGCUGGUUCAUCUCCUGGUUCAACUUUGAUCAUACUAGAAUUUUUAUCACAAAAAUUUCUGUUAUUUGAAUCGGUUCUACACAAGCAAUUAGCACCUUUGUCUCGAAUUCUCAAUCUUUUACCUUCAAAUGCCCCUCUUGCUGUCACUGGGGUGCAAAGGGGGAGAAAAGAAACUUCAAGGCGUUGA